AUGUUUGGUCUUAAUUUUCGUCGAAAUUUGGAGUCAACAUUUGGUAAAAUUUUACCAUCAAAACCCUUUAACAUGUGCGGUUUAAGGUACAUACGAGAACCUUUACAACCUUUAAAACGAUGUCCACGAUGGGUUUGCGUAGAAGAUGCAGUAAAAAUUAUUAAUUCAGAACAUUUAGUUUUUAUACAAGGAGGUGCUGCAACACCUAAUGAAUUAAUACGUGCCAUGACAGAACAUGGUGUUUGUAAUAACUUACGUGGGGUACGAUUGCUUCAUAUGGGGCUUGAGGGAGAUGCACCAUUUGCAAGUCCUGAAUUUGAGAAACAUUUUAGAUCCGUAAGCUUUUAUAUCGGUGCCAAUCUUAGAGAGGCCGUUAAUGAGGGCAGAGCAGAUUAUAUUCCAAUAUUUCUACACGAAGUACCGAAACUUUUUUACGAGAAGAGAAUUGUUCCAGAUGUUGCAUUAAUUCAUGUCAGCGUACCAGAUGCUCGUGGCUUUUGUUCUUUAGGUGUAAGCGUAGAUUGUACACGCGCUGCGAUUAGUUCAGCCAAAGUUAUUGUUGCCCAAGUUAAUGAACAUAUGCCAAGAUCAUUUGGAGACACUGUCAUUCAUUCUAGUCAUAUUGACUGGGCGGUCAAAUACGAUUGUCCUUUACCAUGCGUAGCUAGUACUCCGCCGAAUGAAAUUGAACAAGAAAUUGGAAAAAUCAUUGCACAAAGAUUAGUAGAUGAUGGAGCAACCUUACAACUUGGGAUUGGCAAUAUACCCGAUGCUGUCCUUUGUUCUCUUGGUAAUCAUAAAGACUUAGGAGUUCACACAGAAAUACUUGGCGAUACAAUGGUAGAUUUAGCAGAACGAGGGAAUAUUUCAAAUAAAAUGAAAAUAAAACAUAGAGGACGUAUGGUCAGUUCUCUAGCAAUUGGUACCAAACGAGUCUACGAUUUUUUACAUAACAAUCCAUUUGUAGAAAUGCUUGCAAUUAAUUAUGUAAAUGAUCCUCGAGUAAUAUCGCAACAACCAAAAAUGACAGCUAUUAAUUCUUGUAUAGAAAUGGAUAUUACUGGUCAAAUAUGUUCUGAUAGUUUAGGCUGUAAAAUGUAUUCUGGAUUUGGUGGUCAGCUUGACUUUACUCGAGGUGCAGCGAUGUGUCAGGAUGGUCGAGGAAAAGCCAUAAUUGCAUUUCCUUCGGUAACGAGUAAAGGAGAAAGUAAAAUUCAGCCUGUAAUUAAGCUUGGUGGUGGAAUCGUAGUAACAAGAGCACAUGCACACUAUAUAGUUACUGAGAAUGGAGUAGCAAAUCUUUUUGGUAAAACGUUACGUCAACGGGCAAAUGCAUUAAUUCAAAUUGCUCAUCCUGAUCAUAGAGAAUGUCUUGAAAAAGCUGCAUUUGAAAGACUUAAAUCUAAUCCAACAAAAUAUUUAUAAUUUAGGUGUACUAAUAAUAUAUUUUAUAAAAUUUUGUAAUACCAUUUAACUUCAUUGCAUGUGAUGAAGUUCUUACCGCGACAUUUAUGUUACAAAAUUUUAAUGUAAAUCCUAAAUGUUUCUUUUGCAUAGA